AUGCGCCAAGACGUGGACGGGGCAGGAGCCCUGAAGGAAGAGGGCCCUGGCACUCCACCAUCCGAUAGCGACGAUAGGGACGAGCCGGAACACCAAGCACUCGCAAAGACAAAGACGGCACAGUCCAUCGCUGAGACGCUGCCAUGGUAUCGCGAGCUCCUUUUCGUUGCUCUGGUCUGCCUCGCGCAGCUCUACACACAGGCCGCGCUCGGUCAGGUCUUGUCCAUUAUCCACCUCAUCGGCGAGGACUUCGGUCUUCCAGAGUCAGAGCUGCCAUGGUUUCUCGCGGGGUACAGCUUGACGGUCGGCACUUUCAUCCUGUUCUCGGGCCGCCUGGGCGACAUGUUCGGGUACAAAACGCUGUACAUGGUCGGGAUGGCCUGGUUCUCCGUGUGGAGCCUGGUCUGCGGGCUGUCCGUGUACUCGGGCCACGUCCUCUUCGUGUUUGGCCGUGUGCUCCAAGGCAUCGGCCCCGCCCUGGUGCUCCCGAACGGCCUGGCGCUCUUGGGUGCGGCUUACGAGCCCGGUCUUAAGAAGUCCCUGGCAUUCGCGGCCUUUGCUGCGACCGCACCGGCUGGGUCCGUCAUCGCGGCUGCAUUCUCCGGUGUCUUCGCUCUGGCGUGGUGGCCGUGGACGUUCUGGUGCUUCUCCAUAGCCCUGGCCGUCACGGCGGUCGUGGCGUACUUUGUGAUCCCCCCGGUGCCGUCAUCGCACAGGGAAAAUCGACCGCGGACGUGGCGAGGGAAAUUGUUGCAUCUGGAUCUCCCAGGAGCCACCACAGGUAUCGCGGGCCUGGUGCUGUUCAAUUUUGCAUGGAAUCAGGCGCCACUGGUCGGCUGGGACCAGCCAUAUAUCGGCGUCACGCUGAUCCUCGGUCUCAUAUUCGUCGGAGCCUUCUUCUGGAUCGAGAUCAAACUCUCCCCUGAGCCUCUUGUCCCAUUCCACGCCCUCAAGUCCGGCGUGUCGUUCGUCCUCGGGGCAGUCGCAUGCGGGUGGGGAUGUUUCGGAAUCUGGGUCUGGUAUACGUGGGAAUUCCUUCUGCAGCUCCGGGAGACGUCCCCGCUGGAGGGCACGGCCAACUUCGUGCCCGUGGUGGUCUCCGGAGCCAUAGCUGCAGCGGUCGUCGGGUCUCUUCUGCACCGGAUCGGCCCACCAAUCAUCAUGACCGCGGCUCUCGUUGCAUUCACAGUCGGCACGGUUCUUAUCGCGACAUGUCCUAUCGAGCAAACCUAUUGGGCCCAGACCUUCGUCUCGUUCAUUGUCACGCCCUGGGGUAUGGACAUGAGUUUCCCGGCUGCUACCCUCAUCUUGUCCAACGCUGUGUCGCGCGAACACCAGGGCAUUGCCGCAAGUCUCGUCAACACGGUGGUCAACUAUAGCAUCUCUUUGAGUCUCGGAAUUGCCGGAACUAUCGAGCUGAGACUCAACAACGGUGGGGCGACUAAAGCGGACAAGCUGAAGGGGUACAGAGCUGCGCUCUAUUUUGCUAUCGCCCUGGCAGUGUUAGGAAUAGUUGUCUGCAUCGCCUUCCUUAUCAAAUCCAGGAAGGAUCGGAAAAGGCCGCAAUGCGAUGAGAAGGCCUAG